AUGCAUAAAGAGUUAUCUGCAGGACAUGAAGCACUGCUUGGAUGCCUAAUUGCGGUGGUGAUUGUUGGGGUGGUUUCAAUUUCGUGUCACCUUAGGAGAAGAGCAUACAAGCUGAAAUCACUGCAAAAUGGUAUUGAGGUUGCUGCUGUAUCAGUUGAGUAUGAGGAGGUUACCUGCAAGCAGAUGUCUAUCAAAGAGAUUUACAGCGCAACUGAAAACCUGAGUCCUCUGAAUGUCAUUGGCCAGGGAAUUGCAGGGAAAGUGUACAAAGGAGUGCUUGCAAAUGGCUGGCCUGUAGCUGUGAAGCACAUCAUUAAGAACGAGCAUGCAGAAACUUUCCUAAGGGAAGUUACAAGCCUCUCACAUGUGAGACAUCCAAACCUUGUGUCACUACGAGGUUAUUGCGAUGGGCAGGAGGAGUGUUUUCUUGUAUAUGAAUUAUGCAUCAACGGUAACCUGUCAGAAUGGCUAUUUGGGAAGGAUAAGAACCUGUCAUGGAUUCAAAGGCUGCAGAUUGCACUUGGCAGCGCCUUUGGCCUUUGGUUCCUUCACAUCUACCCUGAGGGCUGCAUUGUUCACCGUGAUGUAAAGCCAACCAAUAUACUUCUUGGGGUUGAUAUGGAGCCCAAAUUGUCGGAUUUUGGGCUCUCAAGAGUCAUCGACAUAGGAGUAUCACAAGUAAGCUCUGAAGUUCGAGGAACAUUUGGAUACGUCGACCCAGAGUAUCGCCAGAAUCACAAGGUAAAUGCUGCAGGCGAUGUCUAUAGCUUUGGUAUGGUUCUCCUGCAGCUCCUGUCAGGAAGGCGAGCGAUCAAUAUCAUGAACACCGCUAAACCAAUGUCACUUGAUCGGAUGGCUUCGAUGCUCAUCAGAGAAGGCAAUGUGUUGGAGUUCGCUGAUCCUAGGCUGAACGAGGAGUACUCAACAGAAGCAUUUGAUCUCUGUUUGAAGCUUGCCCUCUCGUGCACCGGACACAAGCAGCAACGCCCGUCCAUGGAGCAAGUUGUGUCACGCCUUGAGAAGGCCCUCAAGAUCUCCAUGAGAGAUGCAAAUAAGCACGACAGCAUUAGCAUCAUCGAGUCCCUUGCAUAG